AUGUGGGAGUUCAGGUCCAUGUCUUUCUGGCGGGCGGUGUUUGCUGAGUUCUAUGGCACAAUGUUCUUCGUGUUCUUCGGACUGGGGGCGGCCCUCCGCUGGACCACCGGGCCCCAUAAUGUUCUUCAUGUUGCCUUUUGCUUUGGUUUGGCGGCCGCCACUUUCAUCCAGUCUAUUGGCCACAUCAGUGGAGGACACAUCAACCCAGCCGUUACCUUUGCCUACCUGAUUGGCUCUCAGAUGUCCCUGUUCCGUGCUUUCUUCUACAUCAUUGCCCAGUGUCUCGGAGCGCUGGCUGGUGCUGCUGUGCUCUAUGGGGUCACACCCAACAACAUGCGGGGAAACUUGGCACUGAACACGCUGCAGCCAGGCAUCAGCUUGGGCAUGGCCACCACAAUUGAGAUUUUCCUCACCCUCCAGCUUGUCGUCUGCAUCUUUGCUGUGACAGAUGAGAGACGCAACGGACGCCUGGGCUCUGCUGCUUUGGCCAUUGGCUUCUCUGUGCUCAUGGGGCAUCUUCUUGGGAUGUACUACACUGGAGCAGGAAUGAACCCUGCAAGGUCCUUUGCUCCAGCUGUUCUGGUCAGGAAUUUUGUCAACCAUUGGGUGUACUGGGUGGGUCCUAUGAUUGGUGGUGCCAUGGGUGCCUUGCUGUAUGACUUCAUGCUGUUCCCUCGUUUCCGUGGCCUCUCCGAGAGGCUCGCCACACUGAAGGGCGCCCGACCCCCAGAGGCCGACGGCCAGCAGGAGACCAGGGGAGAGCCCAUCGAGCUCAAGACACAGGCCCUAUAA